AACAAGCGGCCAUUUUCUAUAAAAAUUCCUCCGCGCUCUCCGCGUUCUUUAGCGUCUUUUAGAAUAAAUCGUUUUAAUUUUGUGGUUUUAAUGUUGUAAUUUAAAAUAAAACAUUUAGAAACUAGAGUAAGCAUAUGAACUUUUGAUUACACGAAGUCGUGACACAUUGAGAUUGUAUUGUAUCAUAUGAUUUGUCUCCACGAUCUCUUGAAGGUCUAUUACAAAAUAUUCGUAACACGAAACAAGUUUGUUUGUAUUGUGAAAAGCGCAUCUUCAAUGGUGUUCCUGGAUCAAAUUGUAGAUGUUAUCCAGUUGAAAUCGAUAUGGUGAAAGCCAACACCACUUUGGUAUCUUCGCCCGAGGCUGUGAAGACUCCUCACCGCAUUGAGUUGUGUGAGGAGAAGCCUGCAAGACCCAAGCGUAGUUAUAAAAAACGAAGAAUUAUAACUACAACACCAAUUAAGACUGAAAAUGCAAAAGCAGUGACACCAGCCAAAAAGAUUGUACUUCGCACUAGGCCUUUAAAGACUAGCAACGGUAUAACCAAUAUGACUAACGGCCACACACUGAGGUCCAGAACGGCCAGAGCUGCGGCCCGCGCAGCCGAGAGCCACAAAUUGACUGAAUAUUUCAAAGAAGAGCCAAAAAGUCCUAGAACAUCCAUUGACACACCCCCUGACUCACCCCCUCCUGUCAUUGAGAGUAUUAAAGUAGAAUCUAUUAAAGCAGAGAACAAGGUUGCAAAUGGUGUAACUAAUCAUAAGCUCACUGAGUAUUUCCCUGUUAGACGAAGUGUGAGAAAGACAUCAAAAUGUGUAAUGGCAGAAAAAAUGAGAGACUUGGAAAGAGCUAUUCGGGAUCAGCGAGAAGAUGGACUUGCGGUUGCAUACUUUGAAGGCAAGGGUAGAGGUAUCAUAGCGACGAGAGCAUUCUGCCGCGGUCAGUUUGUGGUGGAGUAUGCGGGCGAGCUGGUGGGCCUGUCCGAAGCCCGAGACCGGGAGCUCAAGUACGCACAGGACCCAGAGGCCGGGUGCUAUAUGUAUUACUUUAGACAUGGUGAUCAACAGUAUUGUAUCGACGCGACAGCCGAAUCCGGGCGCCUGGGCCGUUUAGUAAACCACUCGCGCAACGGCAACCUGGCCACCAAGGCGCUGUGGGUGGACGGGCCGCGGCUGGUGCUGCUCGCCGCGCACGACAUCGCCGCGGGCGAGGAGCUCACGUACGACUACGGCGACCGCUCGAGGGAGUCGCUGCGCCACCACCCCUGGCUCGCGCUUUGACCUGGGAAUUCUUGAAAACACCACCAUUGGACGUUUAAGAGAUAUUUAUUAACGUAGUAUAAUAAUUAUGAAAUCUGUUCGUUGUUAGACAAAUUAUUUUGUUUGUUUUCGUGAAAGUACGAAUUGUGUGUUUAGUGGUAAGACGAGUGGCCUAAUGUGGUAUGAUAAUUAAGUAAAGUUUACUAUGCCUUAAGCCACUAAUAUGACCGUUGACACUUUAUUAAAUAAGGUUUAGAUUUGUAUGUAAAGCUUACUUCAAGUCGGGAUAAGGUAAACGUGCCUCUAAUGUUUCGUACUUGUUAAGUGGGUGGUAGUACUUACUCAAACACCACCCACUUCAAAGUUAAGCAAAUAAAUAAUUAUUCUGCCUCUGUCAUAAUAACAGAGAGCGAAAGAAACGGCAUAAAAAGACUUGAAACCAUAGUAUUAUACUAAGUCUAUGCUUGAAACUGAACAAAUAAAGCCAAACAUAUUGUGACAAAAUGACAAAUUGUUUUGAAGCAUGUUCGUUGUAUUCGACUCAGAAUUCGGAGUAUACCGGUGAAGUGGUGUCCUAAAAUAGGAUUUGUGAUGAUGUCCAGACAGUUCAUAUUGUCUUGGGAGCACUGAUAUGAAACCAAAAUGACAUUACGCUAGAACUGCGUACAAAGCUAGUUAUACCCGCAAUUAGCUUAUAUUGAUAGGACUUGAGAAUGAACAUUCUCUUUUAGAAAAAAGCAUGGGAUGAAUCCUUAAUAAGGCUAUGGUUAUAUGGAUCCCACGUUGACUGAACCAAAGUUAAUGGUGAAAUCCAACGAAAAAAUUCAUGUAUUUAAAUGACGGGAGUUUUUUGUAAGUUACCUCGUUAUUAUGGUUCAGGUGAGUGUUCAAUGCUCUCCUGAAAUAUGUUCAAAUAAUGCGAAGUAAUAAACUAUAACGUAGUUCCAAGCAUACCUAUGAAAAUAGCCACGACGUGAUAUGCUGCACGAGGCAUGGAAAUUCCUGUAUAUGGUAGAAAACUACCAAUCAUGAAGUAUUAUUAUUAAGUCACAUCUAAUUUUACACGAGAUUCAGAUGAUGAUUUUAUUUAUGGUACAAACCAAAGGGCGUAUUCUUAAAGUUUACUAAUUUCGGACACAGUACACGUUGAUUUCCUAACAUAACGUGUACGCCGCAAUAGUAACUUAUAGAGGCACCUGUUUAUGAGACUUCAGUGUCUAGAUAUCACGACACUAACUCGAAUAAUUUCGUAAUAUUUAUUUCAUUUUAAUUUAAUUGUAAGUUGUUUUUAAUACGCAAGGUUGUUGUUUAUAUUGCUCACAUGUCAAUGAAAAUUCGUCUUUUUUUGCAUCUUUAAUUUUUAUUUACCUAAAGGGCUAGUAUAGCUGGGACAAUCGGAAUUCAUUAUGAGUAUGUUUAUAAUUGCGUCUCAAUAAAAACACCAGCCAUGUAGACCAAAAAUAUUUUUAUGCACCGACACCAUACAGUGUCCUGAAACACCUCAACAAUUUGUUAACUGUGCCGUAAAAAUAUGAAUUGAAGUAAUUAUUGUAUAGAUAGAUAGAAAAUAGGAUCAAAUUAGAAAUGGCCCACCGUAUAUAAAAAGUAGUCUUCCAUCCAAUAAUAAUUUAUAAAUCGAAGCUGACUGGUUCUAAAUAAAACAAUAGAGAUACCAAUAACUCUGUAGGUUCCUCGGUGGGCUGCAUGGAAAGAAUUUUCAUUUUUUACUAACUGAAGCUGUGACUCUCAUUAAAUAGAAAGUGCACUUCUUGUUUUAAGUAAUAAAAACGUAACUUCAAACUGUAUUUAUAGGUCUUUUAGUUUAGAUUUAAAAUAAAUUUCCAAACAAUUUUGUGUAAUGAAAAGCGUAUAUGUGAUAGACUGCAUCCAAAAUUAGUGAAAUUUUCAUAUGGCAUUUGUGUAAUAAUAAUAAUUAACAUAAGUAAAUUAAUAUAUGAUGCGCUAUGAUAUACGAGUAGUAAUGCAAUUUCGAUGUAUUUUGAUCAUACUUUGGUUUUGAAUAUUGUAUAAUGUUAUUUUUUUAAUGUUCAUAAUAAGUCGAGAUGGCAUUGUGAUAAAGUGUGUUCGCAACCUAACAAGUGAAACCUAACAUAGUGUUUGUAAACUAGGCGGGAUCGCCCUCAAUACGUGAAAGUUAAUUAAUGAUUUAAUCAAUAAUAAUAUAUUUUACAUAUAAAUCAUAGUGAUUAAAAUAAAUAUGCACUAAGUUUGGUGGGGAACCGUUAUCAUUUUCACCAAUAUUUUUUCGUUGUUAUGUCCUUUUACUUUAUUUUCCCUUAAAACAGCCGAAUCGCUUGUGAUUUAGGAAUUUAGAUCCAACAGUAUAUUUCAUCCCAUUUAUUUUCCGUAAUUAACAACAGUUUUACCAAAGAUAAACUUAAAUGUUAAAAUAAUAUGAUAUUAGUAUAACUUGCGUAAAAACUAAGCGAUACAAGAAACUAUAUCAUAAUUUAAUAUUUAAUUCAGCAAUAAAGGCGACCAAUUUUUAAUUUUCA